CAGAAAAAACAAAAACAAAAACACUUUUCCACUUACCUCUUCCCAGUUCGUUUUCUACCGAAUCUCAAAUAGGUCUACCCAACUCUCUCUCUCCGUCGCUCUCUUCGUACACCUAUCCUACGGACUCAGCUUUGGGUUUCACCGCCAAAGAAUCUCUCGUCAAUUCCAGAUUCAACAGGUGUGUUUUCAUGCAUAUUGUAUAUUAUUUGGAGUAGAGAAUAAACUCAAGUGCAAUGCAAAAGGAUCAGAAUAUAAGUGUGUCACCAACACCUACUGCUCGAAUUCGACAUCGUAGACGUUCCAAUGAGGUUCCUUCUGAAUUUGGCAAAUCAAAUGGAAGCCAUUUACUUGUUAAUGAUCACAACAAAUACAAAUCUUUGGGGAUUCGGGCCUAUUCAUCCAUGUGGAUGAUUGGGGGCUUCAUAGCUAUUAUCUACUUGGGUCAUCUUUAUAUUUGGGCCAUGGUUGUUGUUAUCCAAAUAUUUAUGGCAAGAGAACUAUUCAAUCUGCUAAGAAGAGCACAUGAAGAUAAGCAUCUUCCAGGAUUCAGGCUCUUGAAUUGGCAUUUUUUCUUCACAGCAAUGCUGUUCGUAUAUGGCCGUAUUCUCAGUCAACAGCUUGUGAAUACUAUGAGUACGGAUAAAUUCUUCUAUAAGCUCGUGAGCGGCCUUCUCAAGUAUCAGAUGGUUAUUUGUUAUUUCUUAUAUAUUGCAGGUUUCAUGUGGUUUAUUCUUACAUUAAAGAAGAAGAUGUACAAGUAUCAAUUUGGCCAGUAUGCAUGGACACACAUGAUUCUUAUUGUGGUGUUCACACAGUCCUCAUUUAUUGUAGGCAAUAUCUUUGAAGGGAUUUUCUGGUUCCUUCUCCCGGCAUCACUUAUUGUUAUUAAUGACAUUGCUGCAUAUUUCUUUGGUUUCUUCUUUGGAAAAACGCCUUUGAUCAAACUCUCUCCAAAGAAAACAUGGGAAGGUUUUAUUGGAGGAUCAGUUGCAACUGUGAUCUCAGCAUUUGUGCUCGCAAACAUUCUGGGCCAUUUCCCGUGGCUGACAUGUCCGAGGAAGGAUUUAUCAACUGGUUGGCUUCGAUGUGAUCCUGACCCACUUUUUAAGCCAGAGCAUUAUCCUUUACUAGAAUUUCCACAAUGGUUUCCUUGGAAAGAGAUUUCAGUUUUGCCGGUGCAGUGGCAUGCUUUAUGCUUGGGUUUGUUUGCAUCAAUUAUAGCACCCUUUGGUGGCUUUUUUGCUAGUGGUUUCAAGAGAGCUUUCAAAAUCAAGGAUUUUGGAGAUAGUAUUCCUGGACACGGUGGAAUUACAGACAGAAUGGAUUGUCAGAUGGUGAUGGCCGUGUUUGCUUACAUCUACCACCAGUCAUUUGUUGUUCCUCAAAGCUAUUCGGUUGAGAUGAUUUUGAACCAGAUAUUAAGGAACCUUACUUUCGAGGAGCAGCACGCGCUGUACAUGAAGCUUGGGCAGAUAUUCCAGGAGAGGCAGUUAGGGCUUUCUUCUAGCAGCAUGUCCUCUUAUGUAAUGUAAUCAUCCAGCAUCCCGUGCAUCUGGUAUUGUGUCUUCCCAAGAGCAACCCAUUUGAAAUGUAUAGUGACAAUCCAUUUUUUAUGUUUACUAAAUGGUUGACCCAAACCCGUUUAACAUAUGGUAGAAAACUUAGUUAUUCUUA